UAUAUAAUACUUAUUGCCUUUUGUCCCCGUUGGUCGUGUUUAUAAAUGACAAGUGGGGAUGACGAGCCGACUGUAUCCGAGGACAAAUUCGAUUGCAUGAACUGAGAGAGAAUGCGCGGCAUCGAAGUUACCCGAACAGAGUUGGAUAUAAGUUAGUGCUUGUCCAGGCUCUUGUAUUUUUAACUUGUAUAUAAGAGAGAGAAAGCAAAUAAAAAGCUGGAGAAGGAUGAAGAGGGGUGAAGGUAGAGUUGCUAGCUACUGUGAUCAGUGUGGCUCAGUGUGUGUACGACUUCGAAGUUGACUUUGGAAGCGGGUCACGAUAUUUUUCUUUCUCUAAGCUAAAAGAAGUUCUAGUGGUACACGGACGUCUGUGUCAAAGAAAAAAAUCUGUUCACGGAAAUCAUUUUAAUGUUUCAUCUGGUUAAUAGUCACAAGUUUGCGUUCAUGGAGCCUGUGGAACGAUAGAAAAUGUUGGGAGACGAUCCACCGUAUUUAUCGGAGGGCACUGAAGUGAGUGCUAAGUACAAAGGUGCCUUCUGUGAAGCAAAGAUUCGUAAGGUUGUACGAACAGUCAAGUGCAGAGUGACAUACAAACAAGGUUUAGGUACUGCCACGGUAACUGAUGAUCAAAUAAAGGGGACACUUCGAGUUGGAGCAGCAGUUGAAGCUAGACAUGUGGAUAAAAAAGAUUUUGUUGAAGCUACAAUAACAAAGAUCCAAGAUUGCAGUCAAUACACUGUGGUGUUUGAUGAUGGAGACAUAACUACAUUAAGGAGGACAGCACUAUGUUUGAAAAGUGGUCGACACUUUGCUGAAAGUGAAACAUUGGACCAGUUACCACUUACACAUCCGGAGCACUUUGGAAAUCCAGUAAUUGGCGGUAGACGCGGCAGACGCUCGAGGCAAGCGCAAGAUGAUAGUAGUGAAGAUGAAGGUAGUCCACCGCGAGGAAGUCCAUCAGUCUCUGGAUCAGGUGGUAAGGAAGGUGUAGAAACAGAACCUGAAAUUGGCAGAGUAGUUUGUGUUGAACUUGGUGAUAAGAAGAAAAAAGAUAAUUGGUUUCCAGGGCUUGUUGUUGCUCCUACAGCACAAGAUACUGUACGAAUACGUGUCCGCGAUGAUUACCUUGUUAGAUCAUUUAAAGAUGCUCGAUAUUACACGGUUCCGAAGAAAGAAGCGACUGAAUUCACCAAAGAAAUGGGAAUGAAAGUCGAAAAUAGUGCUUUAAAAGUAGCUGUUGAGAAAGCAUUGUUAUUUUUAGAAAAAAAUGAAUUACCACCUCAUUGGGAUCGAGAUUCACUCUUUGGGAAUAUAAUGUCUAGUGGUAAUAGUGAUUCUGAUGCAGAUCUUGAUUCAGAUAGUUCGGAUGAUGAACCGAGAGAAGAAAAAGAUCAUUUUGUAGCACAAUUGUAUAAAUUUAUGGAUGAUAGAGGUACUCCUAUAAAUAAUUGUCCGAUGAUUGGUAAUGAAGAUGUAGAUUUGUAUAGAUUAUUUCGUGCUGUUGAAAAACUUGGUGGUUACAAUCGUGUGACUAAUCAAAAUCAGUGGAAAUCAAUUACUAGAAGACUUGGAAUUUCUAUGCAACCAACACCAACAACGCACAAUCUUGUGAAACAAGCGUACAAAAAAUUUUUACAUUCUUUUGAAGAUUUUUAUAGAAAGCUUGGUUGUACAAUGGUUAAUCAUCCACGAGGUAGUACUAGAAAGCAAAGACCUGGUAGAAGUUUAAUAAGGGAUAAAGAUCGCAAUACACCUGUCCCAACUCCUCAACAAACCCUUCCAAAAGAGAAAGAAAAAGUCGAAAAUGAGGAAGAAAAAAAACAUAUAGUUGAAGAAGAAAAAGUCAAUAGUGAUGUAAAUAGUAUUCCAGCAAAAGACAUUAUUAAAGAAGAGGAUAUAAAAAUAGUAAAAAAAAGAGAUGAUGAAUCGGUUAGUGGACAAGAGAGUGAUCCAAAUGUUGAAGCUGAAAAUGCAGAAUCAUCUAGUAGUGAAAAAUCUCAAAAGCCUCCAGCAAGAUAUACUCCAGUGAUUAAUCGUGCUAAAUUGACGAUGAAAAGUAAAGAUGAGCCUAAAAAGAAAACAUAUGAGAAAAAGAAACAAGAGAGUAAUAGUUCAUCAUCUAAUCCAAGUGCAAUUUCUACAAGCAAAAAAGAAACAUCAAAAGAUGAAGAAACUACGAAAACUCGUUCAAAAUCUAAGGAAGAUACAAAAGGCAAAGAUUCUAGAGAAACAAGAACACCGUCACGAGAGUCUGAAAAGACUCGGGCGAAUCCAUCAAAACAAAGACGAUUUACGGAUGAUGAUUUGAAGAAGCAGCAACGUGGGCGAAAGAAAAAAGAAGAUACUGAUAAAGUAAGAGCUGAUAAAGAUGAAAGUAGUGGUACUGAGAGCUCUUCUGUACCAUGCUAUAAAGGUCCAGUAGAAUUAGGAGAUAAAUUAAAAGUCUAUUAUGGCCCAACACAUGAAUCUAAAGUUACAUACGAAGCAAAAGUGAUUGACAUUCAACAAGUUGAUGAUAGCUCUGAAUUAGAUUAUCUAGUUCAUUAUACUGGAUGGAAUACCAGAUAUGAUGAAUGGAUUAAAGCAACAAGGAUAGCACAAAAUUUUACGCAAACACAGGGUCGAGUUAAGAGAACGAAAGCAACACCAAGACCACAAACUCCGAGUACUAAUUUAAGUAAAUCUACUAAAAAUUCUAAUUCUACUGUACAAAGUCGACGGCGAGCCCAAAGUGUUGCACCUUCCAGCUCAAAGACGUCAUCAUCAAUGACAUCUUCAAGUAGUAGUAAUAGUUUUGCUGUAAAUAACAAAGAAAAAGAUAAUUCACAAUUGGUGCGUUCAACUACUCCUUUAUCUGUAGCCAGUUCUAGUUCUAGGACAAAGAGUCCAGCAACACCAGCUGGCAAUCGUCCUACCAGAAAUAAUACUCGAAAUACUGAAAUGAUGGGUAUUGAAUUGCGUCGACGUACUAGGAGAAUGUCUGGACAUACAGAUUUAUCGGUAGCUAGUGAGAGUGAAGAUAGUGAUGCUUAUGAAACCGAUGCAACUGAACCAGAAAGAGCAAGAACUAGAUCUAAAGGAACUGAAGAACGAAGAAGGAGAGAAGUAAGACGAAGGGUUGAAGAUAGAAUAAAACCCGAUGAAAAUAGUGAAAUUGAAGAUGAUAAAGAUAAUUCUGACGAACCACGAAGAACUAGAAGAUUGAGAAGAAAUUUAACUAAAUUACAGGGUAAAUCAGAAGUAGAUAGUGGUGGUGCUGGAGGAGAUGAUGAUGAAGAAGGUGAUGUAGAAGAUGAAGACCAUGAAGACAAUGAUGAAGAUGAAAACGAUGAGGAUGAAGUUACAGACUCAGGUGAUCGUAAUCAUACGAGUGAAGAACAACCAAAAGGUAGAGAUUUCGAUCUAAAUCAAAUAAGAUCUGAGCUUAAAGGUUUUGAUAAAGCAGUAAAGAUGGAAGUGAUCAGAAUGGAACCUGAACAUUCUGGAGAUGAAGAUACCAAACCACGUGUGAAUGAAAAUGCUCAAGAAUCUAAAGAUGAAAAGAAGGAAAUUAAAGUAGAAGAGCAUAUAGAUGUUAAACCAGUAGUAGACACUGUUUCUAUCAAACCUGAUCCAUCUCCAUCACCUACUGAAGAUGUUUAUGAAUUUAAAGAACCCGAACCAUUUGAAUUUGAAGUAAGAAAUAAACGUGAUCCUACUGCAGAUAAAGAUAAAGGUAAAAAACGAGUAUUUGAUGAAGAACCGAAGAGUCCAAAAAAGAAGCAAAAAGUGAUAACGCCAAUUCCGAAAGAAAGUAAGUCUGAUAUUGAUACUGAUUUAAAACGAAAAGUCAAAAGAACUCCAGUAAAACGUCCUGAUGAAAAUCCAGAAUCAUCCGUUAAUCUUAAAAUCAAUGUGUCCAAUCCGUCUAAAGAAUUUGAUAAAAUUACUGAAUCAUCUGUUCUUAAUACAUCUAAAACUGCCUCUUCUGUUGCUAUUCGACCAUCAACACCAGCAUCAACAACUAAUACUAUUGAAGAACAUGUAAAGAAUAAUACUAAUGUAGAUAUAAUAUUUAGUGAUUCUCCAAGCAAUGAAAAUACUGUUGGUGAUGUUGAUGAUCUCGACGAUAGAUUAGUGAUUUCAGAGACUGAAGUUACAGAAGCUGAUGAAAGUAGUGUAUACAAUUAUCAACAAGAAGCAUUUUCAAGUAAUGAAACGUCUGAUAAUAAGGAGCCUGUUAAAGAAGAGCUAAUUCAAAUAAAAGAAGAAAAACCUUCAGUUGCUAGUUCUGUUAUUUCUACCAGUGUUGUAACACCAAUAGCACCAUUAGUAACAUCAGCAACUGCCACAACAGCAUCAAUAGUUGAAAAGAAAAUUUUAGAAACUAAAGUAUCAGUAGCUUCUUUAGCUACAACUACUCUUACGACUCCUCUAAUUCUUGCUCCAAUAAGUGCACGAUUACCUGCUACAUCAUCUAUAGAAGAAAAAUUAUCAGCUGCAUUUAGACAGUCAAAGCCACGAGAUAAACGUGACGAAGAUAGAGACACGAGAAAAAGCAGUAAAGAGACAUCAAAGAAGACUGAUGCAUUUAUGAAAAGAUCAAAGGCUGCCAAUGAAGAACAAAAUAAAUUUAAAUAUGAAUAUGAGAAAAAGAAAGAAACUGAAGAAGCUUUAAGAAAAGAGGAAGAACGAUCUAGGGAAUUAAUAAAAUCAACAAUAAAGCAAAAAGAUGAUGAAGAAAAUGAGGAAGCACAAGUGAAAGUAAAAAAAGAAAUGGAGUCAAAGAAAUCUAUUGAGGUAAAAGUAGAACAUCGAAAAGUUAUAGAAAAGCGUGACGAUGAUUGGAAAAAGAAUGAAAAAAUGGAACAAGAAUUUGAAGUUUCGAAAGAAUUAGUAGAAUCGAAAGAAAUUGAAAAACAAAAAAGGAAAAAAAUUUUAAGUCAAGAAUUUGUUGAUUCUACUGAUAGUAGUGAUUCAGAGCAAAAACUUGUAAUAGAUAAUUCAGAAUUACGAGAGGAACGAAAUGAAUCUUCAUCAAACUUUGAUGUUAAACUUAAAGCUGAGUUGGAACUUCUUCAAGAAGCUCAGCAAUCUCAUAAUCAACCACAAAUACCAUCACAAUCCCUUCCAAUAUCUCAACAAGAUCAGCUAAUAAAUCCUAAAGGUUUGAUUAAUGUUAAAACAGAAGAGGAAGGAGAAAAUAUGAAUUUGCUCUGUGAAGAAGAAAUUCCUGGAUCUCCAGCACCAGCAAUAGAUAUAACGGAACAGGAAGUUAGUGUUGAACAUGCUCUCAUGAAAAAUGAACCUACUGAAAAGAAAUUAGUACUUUUAGAAAUGCCAUUUGCAAGUGCACCAGCUUCAGGUACUCAAAGUACUAGUCAAGGAUCUUUAACGAUGACUGUCUCAACAGCUUGUGGUGUUUCUGUACCUCCACAAAUGCCAAUGCAACAAAAUAUAAUUUCCAAUCCUCGACAACAGCAAAUACAACAACAACCAGAACCACAACAACAUAUUCCACCUCCAGUUGUUGUUCCAGCUCAACGAAGAGAAAGUAACGAAGCUGCACCUGUAAUGGAUAAUACCCCACCUGAUACACCAGAAUCAACUAUUUCAAAUAUAUCAGGAUCUCCAAGAGGUGAAGAAAGAACUGGAGGAUCAUCACCACUCUCUGAGGACAAUGUUAAACUUAACAGAGAUAGUUCAGAGGCUGAUAAUGACAACGGUGGAAAAGCUUUAUCCGGAUACAGUGAAGAUGAUGCGACAUUGAAUACCGAAGGGACUGUAGCCGAACGAACAACUAAAGCAAAUAAAAGGUCGGCAACUGAAGACCCUAUUUCCCCAAAGAAAAAGAAAAGAAAUAGAAAGAGUUCUGAAUGUGGAAGUAAUGCUGGGAAAAAAGUAUCUGUCAGACAAUCUGCUAGACAAACUCGACAAGGGGGUGCAGUUGGAAGUGACAGCGAUGAUACUAGUGAAGGCUCUAAUCCUGUUAUAAGUAAUUCUACUAGUACAAUUACUGGGGAAACUAAUACAAAUGGAUUAACCGAGCUUAGUAAUACAUCAAGAUCUCCCAAACCAACUAAAUAUAAUUUUUAUGUCGAACUUGAUCCUGAACUUGAUGGUAGUCAGAGAAUAGCCGUACUACAGCAGAAACUUGCUGAAUUGAAGAAAACUUAUAAUUUAGUUAAGAUUGAACUUGCAGCUAUUGAAAGGCGGAGAAAAAAACUUCGAAGAAGAGAAAGAGAAGCAAUGAAAGCAGCUAAAGCAGAGAUGCAACAAGCUUGUUCUUGAUGGGAUCGAAAUUAUAUUGUAUAUAUUGUACAAACUUAAUUGUACGCAGUAAUUGAGUUAUUUUCUCGUUUCUUUAAAAUAAAUUCAUUUUCGAUUGAUAUAUCGAGAAAGAAAUUAA